GCCACACGGCCCCCCGUCCGCCACUCACUCAACUCACUCAAGGAGCGAAUUGUGGCAAGCAUGUCGGACAAGCCCGUCGCGGAGCAGGACACGGUGGUGGAGGUGGACCACCACGACGGCCGCGGCUUCCAGCCCGUGGACGGCGUGACCGAGCAGGUGGCGCAGCUGGCCGUGGGCGAGGGCGACGACGAGGAGGAGGAGGACGACCUGGCCAACCUGCCCAGGAACGUGCUGCUGCGUCUGGACGCGCUGCGCAAGCUGCAGGAGGCCCAGGCCGAGGUGGAGGAGGAGUUCGAAAAAGAGCGCAAGGCGCUGGAGCUCAAGUACGAGAAGCUCUACCAGCCCUUCUACCAGCAGCGCGCCGAGAUCGUCUCGGGCGCCAAGGAGGUGGAGGCCGUCACGGCCGCCGCGGCCGAGCCCCAGGAGGGCGACGCCGACGCCGACGCCGAGGAGAACGUCAAGGGCGUGCCCGGCUUCUGGCUGCGCGCCUUCAUGAACCACUCGAUCCUGGCCGAGCUCAUCCACGAGCGCGACCUGCCCGCCUUCGAGUUCCUCACGGACGUGCACUCGGUGAGCCACGAGCAGGACAACGGCUUCAAGCUCACGUUCGAGUUCGCUGAGAACCCGUUCUUCACCAACAAGACUCUGACCAAGGAGUACGACAUCGGUGACGCCUCGGAGCUGGGCGAGGCCGUGCUGCGCAACGUGACGGGCACCGUCAUCGAGUGGAAGGAGGGCCAGAACCUGUGCGAGGUCACCAAGAAGGUCAAGCAGCGCGCCAAGGGCGGCAAGGGCGAGACCCGCGUCGUCAGUCGCACGGAGCCCUGCGAGAGCUUCUUCCAGUUCUUCACGCCCGUGGAGAUGCCGUCCGAGGAGGACGACGAGGACAGCGAGAUGAUUAUGCGCCAGCUGAGCGGCGACUUCGAGAUUGGCUUCACGAUCCACGAGACCAUCAUCCCCCAGGCCCUGCUGUGGUUCACGGGCGAGGCAGUCGAGGACGACGACUCGGACUACGACCCGGAGGAGGACGAGGACUACGAGGACUCGGACGAGGAGUCGCUCUCGGGCGACGAGGCCCCCAAGCCGCGCCGCGGCAAGAAGAAGUUCCCCGCCCUCGAGGGCGGCGCCAACUCGACCGAGAAGCCGCCUGAGUGCAAGAACCAGUAAGCUACCUACUUGUUCAUUGUAUCGUUUUGCGAGAGAUCGAUGCGUCGCGACGAGCACAUUUUAUAUUAAAAGAGAAACUUCGAGCAACGUCGUCACGCAGGCAUAGUGGCGGCGGCAGAGAAAUGUAGCCAUCAGCCUAGUGCUCUGGGGGGUCUGGUAGUACAGUUGUGGGAAUAUUGGCUAGUAGUCAUACUACUACUACUUUCCAAA